AUGGGAAUUAGACGGAGGAGCGGAGUUUUGGGCUUCCUCGGCGCUCAACUGGAUUUCGACGAGUGCGGCCUCGUUCAAAGAGGAGCGUGGGAUGCUGAGUUACCGGACGAGGCGACGGCGAAUGGGGUAAAGAAGGAGAAGGUGGAGCAGGAGGAGGAGGCAGUGGAGGAGGAGGAGGGCACAAAGCGGUCUGCCGGACUUAACGUGUUGACCGGCUGCGGUAUGAUGGACGGAACCGAGAUAUCCGAGGCCAUUUCCACAGCCAUUCAUCUCUAUAAGCACAAUAUAAGACCGGAUUUCUACGCCCCUAAUAUCGACGUCUGCGCAUCGAUAAACCAUUACACGGGAUGCUUAGAGAGCUCCGAUAUACCGAGGAAUGCACUCGUGGAGGCGGCACGAAUAGCCCGAAGUUGUAUCAGGCCGAUUUGCAAGUGCAAGGUCUGCGAAUACGCUUUGCUCAUCAUACCCGGGGGAGCGGGAGUCAUUAGGACUUUAAGUGAUUUCUCAUCGGCUGGUAACGAUUGCAUCGUGCAUCCGGAAUUAAGGAAUAUCAUCACAGAGUUCAGAACUCAAUGUAAGCCAAUCGGUACAAUGUGUAUGGCUUCAGUUCUAAUAGCAAAAGUUCUUCCAGGAUCGACAGUGACGUUGGGAAAAACUUCUCCAAAGGAGCAGUGGCCGUACGCGAGUGCGAUCGAAAAGGUCAAGAAAAUGGGCGCCAAAGUCACGAUGCAGAACGUCCAUGGCGUUACGUACUGCAAGAAACACAAUCUCUAUAGCACACCAGCCUGGCUCGACGCCCACGCUAAUUACUCCGACGUUCACGAGGGCAUCGGCAAGAUGAUCGCUAUGAUUAAGAAGAACAUGAAGUAGCGCUCGUGGUCUUCACUGUCAUC